UACAAUAGCUCUUCCUAUUAAGAAAACCUGUUUCGUUACAGAAUAUUGAGAAAGUCUGCAUAAACAUUUCAUUUUCUUUAUAACUUUAUAAACAGAAAGGCUUUUUAAAGAACAGAUGACUACUUAUCAUUUGAAAAAUACCACUCGUUACUCAAAGUUGAACAAAAUAAUAAAGGAAAUUUACAAUCAUGAACUGACAACACUGCUCGGAGGAAAACAAACAAAUGUCAGUUUUAUUAUGACAUCGAGCUAUCUGAUAGUUCUAGUCAGACAUAUAAACAAUCAAGUUUACGUCGCGACUUUACGCGAUAAAUUACCGAUUUAUUAAUACAAUGUAUGUCUACAUUCGUCGCGUCAUCAAUUAUGGCUAAGAUUGUAAAAGUGCUAAGAAUUAAAUCAUAAUUAGUGAAGUUACUAGUCAGAGAAAGUUGUUGCAAGUGCCAAACCUGUACUGUGAGAAAUAAAAAAAUAAGUAGACUAGAAAACGAGUUAUGAUAAUGUAAAAAAAAUCUGCCGCUGAAAAAUUGAAGUCAUACUUUUAUAAUUACAAUUAUAAUUAAUAAUAUUUUUAUAUAAUCAAGAAAGAUGAAAUUUAAAAUAGACAAAGGACUUCUGCCAAUAAAGGCUCACUUUUUCUUCUUCUUUGCUGCACUAGGACCGAUUCUGCCUCAGAUCAAUGUGUACGGACGUCAGUUAGGAGUGUCUCCAGCCGUCAUGGGGCUUGUGACGGCUGUUCUGCCACUUCUUUGGGCAACUGCCAAGCCCCUGUUUGGCUAUGUUGUUGAUUUUUGGCCGGCGCAAAGAAAACUAGUAUUCAUGCUGCUAAUCAUUGUAAUGACAAGCUCGUAUUGUGGCCUAUGGUUUCUCCCGAUGCCAGACCCUCAAGAAAGCAACGACACGAAGAUUCUAGAAUCCGUUUACAAAUUGAACAACACUAUAUACCUAAAACAAUACCAAAACGACACAAACUUAGAAAAGUACAAAUGUCACUGGAACUGCACUAUUGCCGACCAUUUUGAAGUUUACCUGUCAAGCACACCGUUCAUAAACACUAUAUACAUAGACAAUGAAGUGUCAAAUAAAUCCUGUUCAACAUUGUCUAUGGAUUUAAACGAUUUCCAAAAUGGCGACUACACUUGUAUUCCGAAAGAAAAUUGCGAUUUGCUAUGUUACGAGAUCGAUUUAGUUGAAUCGAAUCGGACUAAAAGAAGUAUCGAGAAAUCGACUAUGGAUAAUGUUUUAGUCGAUUUUAAUAAGAAUGAUAGUCGGACUAAAGUUGUUGUGGUGGAGAACAGUGACAGUUUCUAUAUGACUGGUACUUUUUGGGCGUUCGUGAUACUAAUGUGUGUCGGUACGGUCGCGUUUAACGUGGCUAAUUGUAUAGGAGAUGCUGUCUGUUUCGAUGUACUGGGUCCCGACCGUGGGUCUAAGUAUGGGGCCCAGCGUGCAUGGGGUACAGUGGGGUAUGGUGCCACAGCUCUCCUGGGUGGCUGGCUCAUAGACGUGGUCUCCGGGGAAUACAAGGACUUCACACCAGCCUUCAUCCUGGCGUUGAUAGCCACCGCCGUAGAUCUGUAUAGCUGUAGGAAACUUACACUACCUUCGUUAUCAAGUCCGGAGGACUCGGGCAAGGCUUUGAGGGACGUUUUGAAAAUACCAAAAGUGAUCGUUUUCAUAAUAUUCGCCGUGGUAGCCGGCACCUUCGAUAGUUUCAUCAUUUAUUAUAUGUUUUGGUUUCUAGAAGAGCUGGCAGAACAAACUGGUCAUACGGCUAAGAUCAAACUUAUUGAAGGCAUCGUUAUAGCAGCCGAGAGCUUCCUAGGAGAACUGGUGUUUUUCUCCUUCUCAGGUAAAAUAAUAAAACGCCUCGGCUACGGGACCACGUUGACUGUGUCCUUAUUGUUCUACGGACUGCGCAUGGUCUGCAUAUCUCUUAUAACGAACCCAUGGCAUCUUGUUGUGGUAUCGGCCCUGCUACAAGGCCCUACAUACGCGUUAUGCUACUCAACUAUAGUGGGCUACGCGGCGGCGGUGGCGCCCGAGGGGUACUCCGCCACCGUGCAGGGGAUCGUUGCUGGCAUGGACGACGGCGUCGGUUUCGCCAUAGGUUCCCUGGUGGGGGGUCAGCUAUACAGCUGGCUGGGCGGACGAGGAUCCUUCAGGGUGAUGGCAGUAGCGGCCAUCUUGGGGUCAGGACUCCACGCGGUGCUGUUCGCAAUGGUUUCCAGGAGUGAUGAGCGGAAAGCUGAAAAAUCAGCGCCAGAAUCAAUCCCCGAAGAAGGAGUGAAAAUGCUUCAAGAGCACAGUAACGCCAUCUAUCAGGACACGGUCGUACCACUCAACAGUGAAACUAAGGACGACAGGUAAUUGAUAACAGAUGGCGUUGUAUUAAGCUUUAAUUAAACAACGGCUGAAUCGCGUAAAUUAUUUACAUCUUUGUAAUUUAUAUAUUCCCUGACUUUUGGUGUAAGUCGUUUUAAUUUUUAUAUACAGAUUUUAUAUAAUGUUAAAGUUUUGGUUCAGUAGAAUUUUAAAGAUAGAUUAUCUCAUUUUACUGCUUAUCAUGGAAGCAUUAUGAAAUGUCGUCAAAUUAAUAAUAGGUCAGUUGUGUGACUAAUCUUUAAUUUAAAUAGCUUUAAGACUUGCAAUAAUUGUGCCAUUAUUAUUGAAUUUAUACUUUUUGUACAAUCCUUGUAGAAAAGUUUCAUUACUCCUCGCGCUAACGCUGACGAAGUCAAAGUCACGUCACUUGUCUUUCCAGUAUAUUGGCCUCUCUGGCCUGUUGUUCUAGUGGUUAGUGACCCUAACUGCUAUACCGGAAGUCGUGGGUUCGAUUC